AUGUCAAAUGCGCUCCAUGGACUCGUCGUUGCGCUCGUUCCAGCUGCAAGACGCGACGAGAGACUCCGAUCAGAGCUUACAGAAGAUGCCCUCCAUAUUCUAAACAGCCAUAUCGGAUCCUCUCGUCAAGUCGAUAUAGGCCAUAUUGCAGGCAAUAUUCGCAGCAAAUUAUCCGCCCAAGACUCGUUGCGGUUCUCCAACUUGAUGGGACGUCUUCUCGAUCAGGAUCUCUUGACGCGGAAGCAUGCAGUUUUACAAUUCAUGGCUGCUCUUUCUGCGUCGUCUAAUCAGCCUCAACCAAUCAUACCACCAUUAGUUCCAUCAAUCUCACGAUCCUCUCCUUCUAGCCCCCAUCCUCGCUCCAGAAAGUCAUCCAUUGCUCCACCUCCCCAAAUGGUAAACGACCGAACAACCACUGCGACGAAAUCGAAAGCGCAACUACUCCGAGAAUACAGACUACGCCACGGUCGGCCUCAAGUUGCCGAGAGCGUCCUCUUGCGUGAUACGCUUUACCUGCUCCAGGGAAUCUCAGGCAAAUUCGUCAAGUUUACUGAGGGCAAAGGGGAUGGAGAACUAACUGUGACCUUUUCGGAGGAACCAAGAUAUGUUUUGCCAGCUCCGACGAGAGCCCUCAUUCUCAGACUAUCCGAGCUUGGUCAUCUGUAUGUCCGUGUGUCCAAGUGGAGUCUCUCUCAUCACCUUCAAUCACAGCUCACAGAGUACUACCGACUGAUCGCCGUACUCGAGUCUCAGAUGUCUCAAUCUGGCGCAGCGGAAGACGACGGAAGGGGUGGUGGACCUCGUGAAGAGGAAUCUGGGUUGACCCUGCGUCGCCUCGAAGUAUGGGUGGACGAGUGGCGUCUGCGGAUGAGAAUGAUGAGCGUUUGCGUUGAGGGAUGUCAAGACAGUGCCGGCGGGGCUCUUGUCAGUCUGAUUUAUGGCUACACGGACAACGGAGACCCAUUUGUUCGUGGAUUUACUGAUCAGCUGCUUGAAGAGGUUUCCAAGCCCUUCUUUCAGACACUUCAGAGAUGGCUCUUUACAGGAGAACUUCAUGACCCCUACUCUGAAUUCUUUGUCGCGGCCAAUGAAGAGUUGGCGCAUCUUCAAUAUACUCAUGCCUAUUCGAACGCCAAUGUCGGCGUGUUGACUGGAGACGGAGGAUUUGCAGGUGCAGAAGACGAGGAGAGGAAUGACUCUGACGAAACCAGAAACAAUGGACUUAUAUUAUGGGAGGGCAAAUAUCAAUUCCGAAAAGACAUGCUCCCAAGUUUUGUCGGUGAAUCAUUUGGAAGAAAGAUCUUCUCUACUGGGAAAAGCCUGAAUUUCAUUCGCUAUAGCUGUCACGACUCAGAUUGGGUGGCGACGAGGAGUAAACUUGACCAUACUGGCAGAGCUCUAAAGUACAGCGACCUUCCAGGUCUGGCUCGUUCCAUUGACUCGGCCUACCAAAUAGCGAGCAAGAGGCUACUUGACAUCUUCUUGGAUAAAUUCCGACUUUUGGAUCACUUGAAGGCUCUCAAAUCUUAUCUACUUCUCGGCCAAGGCGACUUUGCUGAUCAAUUGAUGGAGGCACUCCUUACAAGCCUAUCAAGACCGGCCAACACCCUCUACCGUCACAAUCUGACUGCCACCCUAGAGGCAGCUGUCCGCUCCUCCAAUGCUCGCUACGAUCCUCCUGAUGUGCUACGUCGGCUUGAUGCACGAAUGAUGGAGUACAGUCACGGAGAGAUUGGGUGGGAUGUAUUCACGCUAGAGUACAAAGUCGAUGCGCCAAUCGACACUGUUAUCGACCCCGAAGGCAUGGAGAAAUAUCUCAAAAUCUUCCACCAUUUAUGGAAGAUGAAGCGGGUGGAAGGUGCGCUCAGUGCGUCGUGGAAUAGGAUCGCCUGUGGUGCGAGGUCGUUUUUGGGACCUACGAUCAAGGGUGUUCGACGGCGUUCAAGUGCUCAUUCAGACGUCUUGGAGCGGUUAGAGGGCGAAUGGCACCAGAUCCGCGUCGUCCUGUCGGAGAUGAUUCACUUUAUGCGACAACUGCAGGCAUUCUGUCAGCUCGAAGUUAUUGAAUGCUCAUGGAAGGAGCUCAUGGACUUUGUGACGAAGAAGGAUGGUGACCUGGAUGGCCUUAUUCAAGCUCACCGCAACUACCUGGAUCGCAUGGUCAAGAAGAUCCUCCUGAUAAGCCCCAAAGCCGGAAAGGAGGAACAUUUGCUCAUCCAAGUCAGAGAACUAUUUAACAAUAUCCUUCAAUUCCGGGAUGCUGCUGAAACGCUUUACAAUUAUUGUCUGGCAGAGGCGGCGAGAGCAGACAGCGAAAGAGACCAUGACAGAGGCGUGUUUACAAUCUCAGAAAGCGACGGCCUCGGCGCCUCUAAGUCUGCAGAUAACCUCCCCCGUAUUCUUCGAAGAGUCAAAGAGUACAGUGGCUUAUUCACCGAGCGAGCACAAGCGAUCGUGCACUCUCUCCAAUUACAUCAAGAUCUCGACUGCCGUUUCCUCUCUGUCCGGCUCAACUUUUCCGACUUUUAUAAGACGCGCAAAGAGCUCAAGGCUGCGUUGGAGGCUAGCAAGGCCUCGUAG